AAGUGUUCAAAGACCCGUGGGAGGAGGAAUGGACAAGAUAUUAAAGCUCCUCAAGGACUUGGUUUUCGCUUCACGUCCAUUACAGUUUCAGACAAGCGUUGAAAGAAGAUGGGUCCGACGGAACUCAUGGUGGAGAUCCACCCGUACAUGGCUGCGUUCGCCCUGAUUUUUCUAUUCGCCUACGGUCUUUGGGCGGGAUUCAUCAGCCCCCUCGGCUAUCUGCUCAAGCUUCGCUUCUUUACCGAGGGAUAUUCACACAAACCGCAUUUGUCGUUGUGCAUAUUUUCUGUCGUUACGAGUCUGGCGGUGGUAGGGUCCAUCCUUGCGGUGUCUUUCAGGUUGCACGGCUCCGAGGGAUGGACUCCAGUAAACUUUUUCAGCACGGCUUGGGCUGGAUGCAAUUACUGGACGACCUCCCCAGAGUAUCAGCAAGAGCCCGCCGUCUUUUUUUAUGUAUACGGCAGCCAAAUCUUAAUGACGAUUCUGGAGGUUGCGUUUUGCGUGAUGGCCAGAUGGGGCCCGCGUCCGAUGCCUGCAACCACGCCAGCACCAGAAAACCACGCCUAUAUUGUUGUAUGUCACAACAGCUCGGAUAUACUGAAACGUACCAUACCGGCCAUUCUCGCUCUUGUGAGGCCGCAUCAGAUUUAUAUUGCUGAUAAUGGAUCCACCCAGGAAGAGGAAGUACUGACGGACGCCCUCUGUAUUGAGAUGUCUGAAGCAUAUUAUCGAUCACAUCCCGAGCUCGGUCCUCAGACUUAUAUUCAGGUUGCACAUAUUCCUGUCGGGAGCAAAACGCUAGCACAGUAUUCAACUGUGCACCAUCUCCUUGAGAGAUUCCGAGUUUCCGAGUCUUCCGUCGACACAGUAACGAUCAUUGACGAUGACGUGAUCAUGCCUAGUUUUUGGUCAUACGAGACUGUCAAUUCGUUGAUGAAGGUACCAGGAACCGUGGCACUGGCUUACCCUUUGCGUGCGGCAAACCAAGACCAAACGAUAUGUGCUACGCUUCAGGAUAUCGAAUACCUGGGUGGGAAUGUACAUCGAUUCGCUCAAGACGCGUUUGGGUCUCAACUCUGGGCUUCCGGUGCCAUCGCCACCUGGCGGUUAGAGCAGCUCAAGUUGGUUUUGGACCGGCACUGUACAGUCUUCAACGGAGAAGAUCUUGAAAUGGGAUACAUCAUGCAUAAGCUCUCUGGGAGACCCGAAACGGACAAGCUGGCUAUGGAUAUCCCUUUACGCAUUGGUUAUGUACAAGACUGCGUUGUUCCCACUGUGGUACCUCCUUGUUGGUGCCAUUGGUAUGAUUUCAUACCUGCAGGCCGGAAACGAACGUGGAAAGUUCGUCCUUGCGACUGCGGCGAACACUCCUUUUUCAACCAACGUCUUCGAUCCUGGGAUCCUGCAUCUCACCAGUACUUUGUCAAGUUCCUAACUAUCGUCUUUUCAAGAGGAGGCUGGUGCAAUUUUCCAAAGAAUUUUAUUCGUGUCCUGUGCACUUGGAAGGUGCUGGGGCUUCUUCGCGAGUACAUCCUAUUCAUUACCGUCAUCUACUCGUUCGCCCGUGUUCGCAACACGAAAAACCUACUGUACAUUGGAGUAUUUUGGGCCGACUGUCUCAUCAUUGCCUGGGCUCAUUUGGCCGCUAGAUUGCUUUUCACGUCAAAGAAUCUGCGCAAAAUAUCCAUGGCAAUCCGGCCGGACGCACUUUUGGCUUAUCCGAUACUCUACGGAUUCCCGUAUGAGUUUUUGAUCCGACUGGUAGUAGUGUUCUACACAUUUUUAUACUACCUCUUUGCCAAACCGUUUCCCGAUCCGAUCAGAAAGCAAAUUGUCGAGAAUCCGUCAUUGGGACACACUCUUCAUUCUGCUUGGAAGCGUGGUGACGAUCCCACUCCAAGGCUUUUAUCAGAUGGCCAUCAGAUGCCAGACAGUAGAGUGACGCUUUUGAACGAAGCGGUGCCUUUCAUGCCAGACUGCGACGAUCCACACGAAACGAUGGAAGUGUCUCGAGGACCAUCAAUUGGCUCUGAUCGAAGCAACGCUCCAAGUAACUUGAGUGUGCUUGUGCAACCCCAGAUGCUGCCUGUGAGGCACGAAGUCUUGGAGAUAUCUGCGGUUCCACAACCAUCAGCUGUACCCCACCAUCCUAUAGACGUCAAAACGUCUAUUGAGGCGAUGCCACUUGGCGAUGGACCUGCCAACCGAAAGGCCGCGUUGCGGCAAAGCCGUGCGUCCUCAAGCACCCUGAUGGGAUCCGGGAAGCAAGGAGAUGACAUUUCUACGGCAAGCUCAAUCUAUCCCCACAGCCGCCAGAGUACAUCAUCAGCGCGAACUUGGGCAAGCGACCGAAGUACAAUGGUGAACUCUUCGGAAGACGACGCCGAUGAUGAUCUUACGUCAUCGACGCGACACAGUGGAAACAAUCAGCAACAGAUUCAAAAACCUACGACGGGACCAACGACAGGCGAUGACUUUAAGAUUGACGCACAAAAGCACACCUUAAGUCGCACUGCGACUGAUGGUACACUGAACAUUACGGAAUUGAACAGUAUUGGGGCAAAUUAGAUUACGAACUUAAUUGGUAGUGAGGACAGUCUGGCUACGAAGUUGUAUUUAACAGGAUAUAGAUGCCAGUUUUCAGAGAAGGCGAAUUUAAGUAGUAAUGAGGAAAGUAUGGUUAAGUAAUUGUAUUUAAUGCUAUAUAGGCGAAAGCUUAGAGACAAGGGGAAUGUAUGUAAGGAAGCGCAUCGCACUUAUUUUUGCAUGUAUUAGGUAUUAUAUAGAUAACUCAAUCACA